AUGUCCAUAGGUUUUUGUACCUUUGCCAAGCGAUCGAGUAGCCUCCCGCACGCGCAACCGCGCAGAUGCAGCCGCGCACAGCCGCCCACGCGCAGCCGCACGCUCGCAGCCACGCACGCACAGCAGCAUGCACGCAGCCGCGCACAGCCGCGCACGCGCAACCGCACGCCAGCAGCCACCGGGCAGAGCAGCACACGCGCAGUCGCGAGCACAGCCGCACGUGUGCGGCCGUGCACGCACAGCCGCACUCACAGCCGCGUGCACAGCCACGCGCACAGCAGCGCACGAGCAGCUGCCCACACAGACAGCCGCGUGCACAGCAGCGUGCCCGCAGCCGCACACGCGCAGCUGCACGCACACCAGCAGCCGCCCGCGCAGCAGCAGCCGCACGCGCAACUGCAACCGCGCACGCACCUUCGCCGUUCCCCGCAGCGGCUGGCAGCCGCAGUCGAGUCUCCUGACGCGGCUUAG